AUGAAGCUAUCAAGAGAUGACUUGAAGGAUCUCUUUCCUCACAUAUUUAUUAAGAGAAAGAAGCUGUGGGACUACAUUUGCACUUUUAACGGGUCCAGUUAUCCUGAUGCCCAUGACAGUCCAGGGCCUGGAGCACCAUCUGAAGAAACUGCAUCCACUAAGUCAUCUGGAGAGUCAUCUUGUGACAAUUCAUCUGAAUCCUCAAACUCAUCCCCCGAGGUCCAAGUUCUGAAGCGAACAAAACCACGUGAAUGGACUGCCUCAGCCACAGGAAAAAAGAUCAAAGCCAGUUGGCCUGGUGCUAAUUUUACCUUUCCACUGUCUGAAGGAGUAAAAAAAUGUGUGAAAAGUAAGAUUCCAUUGAAUGAUAAGCUUCGUAGAGAACUCAUAAGAGACUGUGUCACCUGCCUGAAAGCAUCAGUUGGGGAAGGUAUAAAUACCAACCAUGUAAAUGAGGCUGCAAAGAUCAUAUGCAAAGAAGUACCAGUGAUGAAGGACGAGAAACCUCCUCUUUGGCCUGAAGAUAUGGAAUUCCCUUAUUGGGCUUCUGCCAAGCAAAUGGUUAACAAAAGACUUGCAAACCUGAAGACAUCCAGCAAAGGAAAAUCUGCUUCCAGUGCAACUGCAAAUGAAGAUGACUUGCUUAUAGAGACUGGAGAAAAGGAUACUGAAGAAGAUACAUCCAAGCAUAUGAAAGUCCUCCACAAAGAGUUUAAGAAGAAGGGAAAAAAUUGGAAAGUCAUUCAACAGCUUCUUGCAUUUACAUUUGGAAAAAGACGAGAAGAGAUAGCCUUGAUAACUGGCCAGGGUGCUAUUAGCAACAUGCUUGAUAAGCAUGCUUACUUGGACCAACAAAGAGUGGUAAGUCUGAUGGCUUAA